UGUUUCUGUAAAUAGAAAAUUACAGUUUUUGAAUCAGGUCAGUAAAUACCUGUAAUAUUCUCAUCCUCUUAGUCGUGACUAAGUUUUGAAGCAAGCAGGAAUAUCUAGAGGAGGAGUAUAAUCUGAACUGAGAUCUGCUGCUGUGAAGAUGGUGUUUGUUAAAGAGGAGAGUGAGGAGAACACGAGUGAACCAGAAACCUGGAGAAUAAAAAACGAGGAACAAGGAGGCCUGAUGAAAGUGAAAGAGGAAAGACAAGAUCUGAAUGAAGUGGAGGAGAAGCAUCAGGAUCAGAAAGAUCAUGAUCUCAACACUGGAGAAAAAUCAGUGAGUUUCUCUAAAACUGAAAACGGCAACAUUCAAAUACCAGAAGUCAAAAAGCCUUUCAGCUGCUCUCAGUGUGGAAACACUUUCAAACAGAAAAGAAGCCUUAUGUACCACAUGUUAGUUCAUGCUGGAAUAAAGCCUUUCAGCUGCUCUCAGUGUGGAAGGAGUUUUACACACAAAAAGCAACUUAGUGAUCAUGUGCAUAUUCACUCUUCAGAAAAGCCUUUCACCUGCCCUCAGUGUGGAAACACUUUCACACGUAAAGCAAGCCUUAACAAUCACAUGAUAAUUCAUAGUGGGAAAAAGCCUUUCAGCUGCUCUCAGUGUGGAAACACUUUCAAACGUAAAGGAUGCCUUAAGAAUCACAUGUUAAUUCAUGCUGGAAUAAAGCCUUUUACCUGCUCUCAGUGUGGAAAGAGUUUUGUUCAGAAAGGACACCUUAAGGUUCAUUUGAUAACUCACUCUUCAGAAAAGCCUUUCACCUGCCCUCAGUGUGGAAACACUUUCACACGUAAAGGAAGCCUGAAGAAUCACAUGUUGAUUCACAAUGGAAUAAAGCCUUUCGUCUGCUCUCAGUGUGGAAAGAGUUUUAUUCAGAAAGGACACCUUAAGGUUCAUUUGAUAACUCACUCUUCGGAAAAGCCUUUCACCUGCUGUCAGUGUGGAAUCAGUUUCGCCUAUAAACAAGGAUUUAAUAUUCACAUGAGAAUUCACACUGGAGCGAAGUCAUCUGUGUGA